CAUGUCAAAGUUGGUGACAAAGUUUCACAGUUUGACAACUUAUGCGAAGUCCAAAGUGACAAAGCAGCAGUCACCAUAACCAGUCGCUUCGAUGGCAUCGUUAAGAAACUAUAUUAUAACGUCAAUGAAGUAGUGCGAGUAGGGCAGCCACUGAUAGAUUUCGAAGUUGAAGGAGGGGUUAAAGAAGUGGAAGCUGGUAAAGAUGACACUGAGGGCAUAAGUGCUCAUGGCCUUGAAGCUCCAUUAAGUGUUUCUCAAGCCGUGCCGAGACCGUCAUCCGAUUCUGAGGCUGCUUCGCCUGGAAAAGUGCUGGCUACUCCUGCUGUCCGACGAGUCGAUCUAAGGCAAGUGAAGGGCAGUGGCAAAGAAGGACGUGUUCUGAAAGAGGAUGUGCUCAAGUUCCUUGGUCAAGUUAAAGAAGAUUAUUCCUCCGGCUCCACCAAUAUUCGGUAUUCACCAGCAAUUGGAACUCAAGCCAAAGUGUUUUCUCCUCUGUCAGAGGACCGAGUUGUUCCUAUUCGGGGAUAUACCCGUGCGAUGAUCAAGACUAUGACCGAAGCUCUGAAAAUUCCUCACUUCGGAUACGAUGAUGAGGUCCGAGCAGAUGCCCUCAUCGCUAUACGUGAGGAGCUGAAGGAACUGGCCAAGGAUCGGAAUGUGAAACUCAGCUACAUGCCAUUCUUUAUAAAAGCUGUCUCGCUGGCCCUUCUGGAGUACCCUUCACUAAAUGCGUCUGUUGAUGACAAACUUGAAAAUGUGAUCUAUAAAGCAUCUCAUAACAUCUGCCUCGCUAUGGACACACCUGGUGGUCUCGUAGUGCCGAACAUCAAGAAUUGUGAGCAAAGGUAUCGAAUUCACAAUCAUUACUUCGUUCAAGUGAGAAGCGAUUUUAACAUACUGUUGAAUAUGAGGAAUCUAGCAACCACGUUUUCCACAGCAGCAAGCUGA